AUGCGGGUGAAGACAGUGGCCCUGGUGAAGCAGAUCUUUCUUGAGUGGCAAAAACCAUGGCGGAACCGAGGCCAUGAAUUUAACAUAAGACUUCAGAACCAAAAACGUCUCUACUGUGCAUUCGCCGCCCCAUCAUCCUUCACGGCCGAAUCUUCAGACUGGAGUGAGCAGCAGAGACAGAGCAUGUUUGUGGUUACUGUGAUAUUUAUACUCAUUGAGGCCAGAAUGAUGGCAGGCUCCCUUCAGCCUUGCCUCCGCUCCAUCGGUCUAAGGUCCUGCGACGCAUUGAGGACGCCGAGAGACAUACAGUCGCUGGAGCGGAGGAGGCAGGCUGAAGGGAAUGGUGUAGCGAGUCGGGAUCGUGGUCCGGCAAAAUGCACAGUAAGGCUGCAUUCACACCUAAGAAGGCACAUAGCCAGGUUUGCCAAGAACCUGUCUCCAGAACAGAUCAAUCUAAGCACAUUGAGAGGGGAAGGACAGCUGACAGAUUUGGAGCUCGAUGAAGAGGCUCUGCAGAACAUGCUGGAUUUGCCCACAUGGCUGGCCAUCACACGUGUGUACUGUAAUCGUGCUGCAAUUCGGAUACAGUGGACUAAACUGAAAACGAAUCCAAUAUGUCUGAUGCUGGAUAAAGUAGAGAUUGAAAUGAAAACAUGUGAGGAUCCUCGACCUCCAAAUGGACCUUCUCCUAUCGCACUUGCCGCAGGGCAGAGUGAAUACGGCUUUGCAGAGAAAGUGGUUGAAGGCAUGUUCCUUGAGAUUGGAUGUGUCAGUAUUAAGAUUCAGUCUCAUACAUUUCGUGCAUCUCUGCAACUGUGGCAACUCCAAGGUUACAGUGUCAGCCCAUAUUGGCAGCAAAGUGAUUUGCGCUUCACUCGCCUCACCCAUUCACAGCGUGGAGAGGUCCUUACAUUUAAACAAGUUACUUGGCAGACCCUUCGCAUUGAAGCUGAUGCAUCAGAAAACUGUGACGAUGCCCCAACCACUCCUCUACGCCUGCUUACAAAUGGGGGGAGAUUGAAUCUAGCACUUAAAAGAAGGAUCAAAGACUGCAUGGUGCUAUCCUCCAAGCUUUCCUUCUUCUUAGAUGAGCUGUUGUGGGUCCUCACGGACUCUCAGCUUCGGGCUUUACUUUCAUACACCAAAUCCUUAAGUGAAGCUGUGCAGAAAUCAGUGAGACAGAGGAAGCAGUUAGGAGAGCCUCAGGUAAGAGUCCCCUCUCCCACUGCCCCUCCCCCAUGGUCUCUCUCCCCUCCUCCUUCCUCAUCAUCUAGUCUAGGUCAAUACUUCGAGAAGUUUGAUGUGAAGGAGACCUCUUAUCAUCUUCUCAUAUCAAAGCUGGAGUUACACGUGUGUGAUGAAAGCCAGACAAAGGGUACAGUGUCAGGUGGCGCUAUACAAGUUACUUUGCGCAGAAUUAACCUGGAUUAUUAUCCUACCCAUAAAGCAGGUCUGAGCUGCGCACAUUGGAAUCGUUUUUCCUCUGCAAUGGGCACAUGUGAGCAGUGGAUACAAGAACUUGCCCAAGAGCGACAGGCAAAAGAGGACUGUGAAGAUAGUAGUAUGCUAGGAAAAAUGCAAUCUCCAAAACGUGGCAGUGCAGGAUCAUCUACCUCUUCCCUUUACCUCCGUUCUGUACUGAUAAGAGUGGAUGAUAUGGACAUUCAUCAGGUAUCUUCCUCUGGACAGAGCCCACAGAAACCACCGCUAAUUUCAUGUGGUCAUAUUCCUGGUGCUUGCUCUGCUGUGCAUCUUCAAUACACCGAGUAUUAUCGCUUUCCAGGAGACAGCCUUUCAGUGCCUCCUCCUGCUCUGUACAUACAGCUCCAUGGUCUCCUGGUAUACCUUGCUGCCCAGUCUGUUCUGUGGCUGAAUUAUUUUAUGUUAGACCUAUCGCAUCAUCUUCAGCAGUUUGCUGCUGUGACUUCCAUUGUGAACGAGGAAGCUAGAGAACACAGAGAUGUGCGUCUGGAUGGAUUUAACCUUAAGCUAAGUUUUCCUGUGCCACCUCCUUCUAACAGCCCACCUGAACGCCCUUCUUCAAUAUGUGCUCAUCUUACCUCAGUUACCCUCACAAACACACGUCAAGCACCUGGAUCAAGCAUUGACCUUCUUCAGAAUACCUUCCGGUCCUUUGCUGCCCAUGAAGCUUUUCAUUAUCCUCCAGGACCUUUGCAUCCUGCAUUUUUGUCUCAUGUGUAUCCUUCCUCUGAGCCCCCGUCAACAUCCUUAUGGAGUUUACACAGCCCUGGCUUGUCUUUGCGUUUUGAGGGAGGUGUUCCCAAACACCAGAUACUCCUCCACCCCAUGCCAUUUACUGCCUGGGCCUGCAUUUUACUAUCUGAACGACAACUGCUGGUUAUGUUCAGUGUGGAUCAAAUGGUACGAUUGCAGCUGAACCACUACCAUUACCUCACCUUACUACGUUUACAGGAGCAGGUGCAGGCCUUGUUGGAAGGGUUGCAAAAACUGGCACAUUCACCAUCAGAAAUGCCUUCUCUCUGCCCUACUUCAAUCUCUGUUGGUCUACUGAUUCCAGUGGUCACUAUUUCUCUUAUGCUCCCUGCUUCCCACUCCCUAGUGCAGCCAGAGGACUCUGAGAGGAGCAGUCUUAAUGGAUUUGAACUGACAGAUGGAGACACAGGAAGUGAAAGAGAGAAGAACAAGUUAAUUUUGGUUAAUAAAAAUGAGGUCUUGGCUAUACCUCUUGGAAUGGAGCCUCAGGAUGAGUUUGUUGUGCAGCAAGGAAUACCUGCUCAGCCUGAUGAACAAAUCAAGGCGGAACAAGUAGAAGUGCCAGUAAAAGACAGUCCAAAUAAGGUGGUGGCUCAAGAUAGUACACAGGCAAAGGAACUUUCUGUUGAUCUGUUUUUGGGGAAGGAUUUUGCACGUGACACUUUGCUUAACACAUUGGGUCUAACUAGAGAAAAUUUUAGCCUUGGGAAGGAAAGAAUGCAGCGCCUUCUGGGUGAUACUAAACAUAAAGACGUGGAUGCUACCCAUAACCAGAUGAGCUCACCUCUUUCUCGCACACAGUCUUUUGACACAGUUUCAUUAGAGGGGUUUGAUGUUUUGUCUCUAGACAGUGAAACUACUGAGAAUUUCUUACUUAAAUUGGAUGCAGAAUUGGCAGCUAAUGUAGAAACGGCAUUAUCUGAUCAGGACACCACCUCUCAGAGUACAGAAGGUCCUGAACCACAUCAGAUUUUGACUUUAGCCCUUCACAAUGUCACCUCUGUGACCCGCGUACUUGGAGAAGAUGUCUCUGUUACUGUCCAAGCUUUGGACCUCAGCUGUGCACAGAAGGCUGAAGACCUGAAAGGCCUGGUAGCAAGUAUUCCUGGCACUCCUCCUGCUUCCAUGUCUACUCCUCGUGUCACACUGUACUUUGAUCUCGGCCCAACUGCAGCCUCCUUCUCCCCACUUGCUGUACGUAAUGGAUUUCUACAAUUGCUGAUUCAGGAUUUUUGCUCUACGAUACCAGUUUCUGCACUAACCCACCUAGGACCAUUCCUAGAGGAUGAGAAGAUUCCUGAGAUACUACCCAUGAUCAUACAGGUCAACAACAGCAAGAUCACGCUCCAUGAUGAUGGGCCACGUCUUUACCCCUCUCCAAUCUCACCUGAGCCAGUUGCCUUUUCUUUGAACAACCUCAAAGUACAGCGUAAAGAGGAUGGAGUUUUCUGCCUUAUAGGUGAAGAAUCUCCAGAUCCUGUAUCCAGAGAUACACAUCCUUCUUUUGUACAUAUCAGCAACAGUUCAGAAGCUUUACCUAAAAGUAUAGAGGUGCUCCAGCAAGAAUUACUAGCUGCUCGGGCAAAACUUGAACAACAGAAACAACAAGAGGAGAGACUCCUCCAAGAAAUCCGGAAAUAUAACCCCCUAUUCAACAUCUGAGUGAAAGCUGGGCACAAUAACUACCACUUCCAGUUGCGGACUGCAUGUCACGUAAAUUUGAAAUGUCUCACCUACUUCACCAGAUUCAUAACUGAACCUUUUUCUUCAACUGUGUUGCCACCUUGUA